GUCCAUCCCUCGCUUUCUUAGAGCACUCGUCCUUUUUCUCUGCACGUCGUAUUUCAGGGGGGUAAUUUUGGUCGGCUUUUGACCCAAGAUAACCUUACUUUUACAGACUGUGUAUUCCCAUAGUAAAUAUUUAAAUAUUUGUUGUCUAUCACAUUUUGUGGUUAUAGUCUCCCAUUUUUUGUUAAAUUAAUUUAUUUCCAAGGAUCAGACAGCUCUUUUUCUGUGAUCAUUGCAAUCAGAUCCAGCGGAUUUUUUUUUUUAAAGGAUUUUACAGCCGCAUUUGCUCAUAAGCAUGAAACAAACCGAGAUGAGCCGUUUGUCUCGUGAAGACGACAACAGCAGCACCAACAGCAACGAGUACGGCUACCCAGAGUGCCCGAGGAAGGUCCCACUGAAUGAGCCAUAUGCGGAUUUAGAUCCAGAGAGUGAAAACUUCCUCCCGGAUAAAAACCCUGGCAAGAAGAAGUAUGAGACAGAAUAUCACCAAGGCAAUGCCUCCUUUGGCAUGUCUGUCUUCAACCUGGGCAACGCUAUAAUGGGAAGUGGCAUCUUGGGUCUGUCCUACGCCAUGGCCAACACUGGCAUAGCGCUAUUUGUCAUCCUCCUCGUGGCUGUUGCCAUCUUCUCUUUGUAUUCGGUGCAUUUGCUGCUGAAGACAGCCAAUGAAGGAGGUGCGUUGGUGUACGAGCAGUUGGGCUACAAAGCCUUCGGGAUGCCCGGGAAGCUGGCUGCUUCCUGCUCCAUUACCAUGCAGAACAUCGGAGCCAUGUCAAGCUACCUCUACAUCGUCAAGUACGAGCUGCCCAUUGUCAUUGAAGCUUUUACGGGAAGCAAUGAUGAAUGGUACACUAACGGAGACUACCUGGUAUUGCUUGUGUCACUCUUCAUUAUUCUGCCCCUCUCGCUGCUCAGAAACUUAGGUUACCUUGGCUACACCAGCGGCCUGUCGCUCCUCUGCAUGGUCUUCUUCCUCAUUGUGGUGAUCAUCAAGAAGUUCCAGAUCCCGUGCCCGCUUCCUGGAGCUCACCACGCUGAGAACGAGACAGUCAGUAAACUUCUCAACGCCACUGUGUCCCCCAACAACGCUACCGCCGUGGACUACAGUGAUGCCUGCACGCCCAAGUACUUUGUCUUCAACUCUCAGACUGUCUACGCUGUUCCCAUCCUGACCUUCGCCUUCGUGUGCCACCCGGCUAUCCUGCCCAUGUAUGAGGAGCUCAAAGACCGUUCCCACAGAAGGAUGCAAGGAGUUGCCAAUGUGUCCUUCUUGGCUAUGUUCAUCAUGUACCUCUUGGCAGCCCUCUUUGGAUACCUGACCUUCAACAUCCACGUGGAGCCCGAGCUGCUGCACACCUAUUCAAAGGUCUACAACUUUGACGUGCUCCUGCUGAUUGUUCGCUUGGCUGUCCUCACCGCCGUCACCCUCACUGUACCCGUGGUCCUCUUCCCUAUCCGUACCUCCAUCAACCAGUUCCUGUGCGCAUCUAAGUUCAGCUGGAUCCGCCAUACCAUCAUAACCGUGGUCCUGCUGAGCGGCACUAACAUCUUGGUUAUUUUCGUGCCCACCAUUCGGGAUAUUUUCGGCUUUAUCGGUGCAUCUGCCGCCGCCAUGCUCAUCUUCAUCUUGCCCUCGGCUUUCUACAUCAAACUGGUCAAGAAGGAGUCUAUGAGAUCCGUGCAAAAGAUCGGGGCCACCGCCUUCCUGCUGUGUGGUUUUGUGGUCAUGAUCGGCAGCAUGAGCCUCAUCAUCCUCGACUGGGUUCACAACGCCACUAAGGAAGAGCACCCCGACGGACACUGAAGAAUCGAGGUCACGAAACUAACGAAGAUCAAAAUUUGAAACAGACUUUCGAUGCUUGGCUUUGACUGAGAAACAGACGCCAUUCCAAGAGA